UUUAAAUCUUGACAGAUUGCCACUGCUCUAGCACGCAAACGCAGUCGCGCUGAGCUCAGAACUGAUCCAUGGGCAGAGGACGAACCAGCCGCUGAUCGACUGGUGAUGCCUCUCUACAGGAAACAUUGAUGCCUUGUCUUGUUAUGUAUGGUUUAUAACGUUUCUCUGCUUCAGGUUCGUCGCAGGCUUUCAAGGCCAGUUGGGGAAGGAUCCUCUGCUGCCGGCGAGGGUGUAUCUGGUACAAACGCCCAAGAGACCAAUGGUGACCCUCCCUCUAUGAUCAAUGCGGCGGGACAAAUGCAGUUGGUUGUAAUUCCAGAACCAGUUAUAGUUGAUGGUCCGCCUGAGGUUGAAGACGGGAUGUCUCUCCUUCCUACCUUCCGUGAGGAACCCAUUCCCCUUUUGGCAUCAACGGUGCCUGACCUGGAUCCAAUCCUUGGUGAAGCUGCUCUAGCGCCAAUAGUGGAUUUCCGCGAACCAGCAGUUGAAGAGGGUCCAAACGCGGAAGCAGCAGCAGAAAAAAUAGCGAACGAGGAUCCUGCUGAACCUGCUCCUAAUGUGGUUGGCCAGGAAACUGCUCCCCAUGCCCCCCAAGUCAUUGAAGCUGGGGAACCUGAAGAACUUCAUGAACCAGUGCCUGAAGCUACCCCUGUCGCGGAGCCCCCUGAGGCCCCUGCCGCUGAGCCACCUACUCCGUCCACUUUAGAACGAUUAGCUCGCGUGCUCGAAGUGACCCCACCUGGAGUUGUAGAUGAAGCCAGAGAAAGUCUCCGUCGCCUCUUGGGUCCCGAUAUACUGAUUCCUGGCGCACCCGCGAGAGUUUUGGAGUAUCUGAGGGUGCUUCUUCGUGAGGGCGCUGUCACUGAAGAACAAUUCCAAGAGGUUGAUGGACUGCUGCAAGAUCUCCCACAAGGGCUUAACGAGAGGGCAGUUGCUAACGCGCAGGCUAGACAGACUAAAACACACUACCAAGCUCUUACUCAUCAAACUGACAAUGCCCGCGGUUUCUUGGGUGAUCAGGCUGAUCUUAUCAGGGAUCUGACACUUGAGAGAAACCACCUGAGAUCCCAGAUUCUUUCUUUUCAAGCCCGCUUGAUCGAGGUCACUGCUAUGCUUGCCCACGCGGAGCCUCAAUUGGAACAACCCCUCGCUGCCUUCGAGACGCUGUCCCAAGAACUGGCCCAAGCCCGUGUGGCAGCCCAACAAGCUGCUCAAGCUGCUGCGGAUGCUAACUUUCGACUGGAUGAGCUCUUUCUCCGCUUGACCCGAGCAGGCCGGAGACUUUUGGGCCCCUAGUUAUUCCAUUACUGGGCCCAUAUUUGUAUGAACAAUAUUAUUAUUAAUAUCUAAAAUAUUUAGCCCACCUUGCUUGGCCCAAAUACAUGUUCAGGUUUUCUGGCAGUUUAGCGUUUAAUCCACCUUUAUUGCUGUUGAAACUGUUUGAAAAGAUAUUCUCGAAACAAAGCGGUUAUCUCCUUGAAACUCGCUCCGCUUCCCACGCGUUUUCAAUCAUCUUCAUUUCCGAGAUCUCUGCAUUCAAUUCCAUCGAUACUCUUAUUGAUGGCGUUGAACGUACUUCAACUGCCCCUCGUAGGGUUGAGACCACUGAAACUGGUUCUAUAAAUAUCUGUGCUUGUGAGAAGAGAAAAACUCAAGCGAAUAUGGCUUUCCUAAUAAUAGUUUCGCUAACCCUACUUCUCUUCCUUCUGUUCCUGAAAUCUUCUCUUCACGAUCUCAGCCUCAAACCCCAAUCCUUAGGUCUUAUGGCUUAAUCUCAAAACCUGAGUGGGUCUUAUGGCCUAAUCUCAGGUCCAUCCGCAUGUCUUUGGUCUCUGGAAAUC